AUGAUCACUCUAGCAUGUGUGCUCACGGCGCAACAUCCAUCGUUAUCGGGUGACACCUCUUCCCAUACUUUGUCGCUGCGGGUGGCGUUCUUCUACACCUCCCUAUACCUCAUCGCCAUCACGCAGGGCGCAGACAAUCCAAAUGCAUUGGCCUUUGCCGCUGACCAGUUCGAUUCCAACCACCCCAGGGAAUGCGUCGCCCGUAGCUCCUUGUUCAACUGGUGGUACUUCUCACUGGCUGUAGGUAUCACUAUUUCUGUUGGUGUAGUCGGCUACAUACAGGAGAACCUUGGCUGGGGAAUUGGGUUUGGCAUGCUCUGCACCAUCAUGCUCGGUGCCUUAGUUGUCUUCUUCCUUGGCACCCCUACAUACCGCUUCUAUGCACCCACUCCCGGUGCUGAGAACCCCUUUGCCCUCCUUGCUCGUAGCCUUGCCGCGCUAGCCCAACAUGACAAUGCCACUUCGAGCUCAUUGCUUGGUAACAAAAAAGAAUACCAGGUAGAACAGAAAGAGGAUGCGGUAAAAAAGGAGGAGGCGCGUGGCAUAGUACGGUUGCUGUCAAUUUGGGCGGCAUGCCUGGCAUAUGGUGUGGUGUUUGCGCAGUUCAUGACACUCUUUAACAAGCAGUCCCGCACCCUGGACCGCCGCAUCUUUGGCAGCCUGGAGUUACCGCCGGCGGCGCUUCAGAUGUUAGGGCCUGCAACAACUCUGUUGUUCGUCCCUAUAUAUGAUUGUGUGCUGGUGCCGAUGCUGAGGCACGCGACAGGCACCCCGUCGGGUCUGACGCUACUACAACGUGUUGGCACGGGCAUGACAUUGACCCUGGCUACGAUGUUGGUGGCGGCAUUGGUGGAAACACGACGCCUUGAGACAGCACGCGAGCAUGGGCUGGUGGACAAUAUUGACGCAACAGUGCCAAUGUGCUGGGCGUGGUUGGUGCCACAAUAUGUUUUGAUCGGGGUGGCAGGCGUGUUCGCGGAAGUCGGGAUGCAGGAAUUCUUCUACGACCAGAUGCCCGGUGAGCUACGCAGCUUGGGCAUGUCACUCUACUAUAGCGUGAUCGGCAUGGGUAACUUCAUCAGUGGCGCUCUGAUCUCCCUGAUCGACCGCAUCACCAGCCGCGGUGGUGGCGACAGCUGGUUCGCGGACAAUCUCAACCGUGGGCACCUCGACUACUUCUACUGA